CAACUUUAGCAGCACGUUGCCCUGUUCCACGAUGUCAGCGAGAGCAGUAACAAAAGAUAGAUUUUGAGCACAUGUGACGUAAGAGGAAAGCUGUCUGCAGUCACAGCAUGUGUUCUGUUUGCCUGGAGAUUUACAGCAGCACAGGAGUAAACAUGAAUUCGGAACACAGAGGGCCAGAAAUAAACAACAGCUGGAAAACCGAUGAGUAAUGACUGCUUUCAUGAGCACACUGAAGAGAGUUCCAAGGCAGUAAUCUGUAUGCACACAGCCACAAGUUAAUCGUCAUAUGCAUCACCAUGGCAAUGGAGCCGGAAUGUGGAUUUAGACACUACGCCUUCUGAAUCGCCAGACAACCAAAAAGAAGCCGAACGUGAUUAAAUGUGAUAACCAUCACCAACAAGUCAUUAGUUCUUUCUACAAUUGAACAAGAAUCACAACCACAGCCUGUAGUCAAAUAUGCGGUGGAAACCACACUUCAGCUGGCACUCACUCAAGAACGGAAGCAUAUGGGCCGAGAUACAGAUCAGCACAUAGUGUACAUUUGAAUUAAAGAACCAGAAUUGCUCUCUGCGUCCCCCACUGUCAGACUGUGGGUUAAACCAACCAAUAUACACCUCCCUUCAUGUCACGUCCCCCUCUUCUCCCUCCCUUCUCCAUGCCCCCGGCUCUUCCCAGUCUGUGGUUCACUCGUCUCUGUUUACCUCUCUGUUAAUCCCCCGCAUCUCUCUCUCUCACUCCCCUACAUUCUCUUGAUCGCUGCCUCUCCUCCCCUUUCAUGCUCAGAGCCAGCGGGCUGCCACACGACCCACACUGCCUGCUACAUUAUCUGCUGGAAAAUAGAGCUCCGUGUUUUUGUAGCCACUUGCUGCUUUUUAGAUUGCAAACUAGGAGACAAGGAAAGAUGUCUUCACGACAACCCUGACUGCUGUCAUCUCCACAUGCCCCGUCCCCUUUCCUAGUAUCUCGCCCCCUGACCCUUUACCCCAGCCCCUUUCCUCUGCCCCUCUCCAAACCUCCCCUUCACCUCUCACUCUCUUGACAAUGUUCUCAUGUGUUCACUGGCUUCAGCCUUUUCUUGCCUUGCUGUCCUCUACCUUGUUAACUUGGGGUUACAACUGCCCAUCCAGCUGCUUGUGUCCGGACCACCAUACCGUGGACUGCACCGGUCAAGGGCUCACCCAUCUACCAGACUCCAUCCCUUUGGAUGUGCGGAGACUUCUUUUGUCAAAUAACUGGAUUUCCUGGAUCCCGUCUGAUUUCCUGGUUCUCUACAGUGAUCUAGUCUACCUGGAUCUGAGGAAUAACUCCCUAACUAAGCUGGAGCCUGGGACCCUGAGCACAUCCUCCAGGUUGGUCUAUCUGGACCUGGGGAGUAACAACUUGACAGAGAUCCCCUCUGGGACUUUUGGGGAAUCCCGAAGCCUGAUCAAGCUACGACUGGGCAACAAUCCCUUUUUGAGCAUGGUCAGCAAGGAUGCUUUCUUGGGCCUCACAUCUUUACGAGAGCUGGAACUUGAGAGGAAUGCCCUCUCUGGACUGGACGUUGAAGUUUUGAGCCAUAUGCCUUCUUUGCGGGUGAUACGCUUGGAGAGAAACCCCUGGGUGUGCAAUUGUUACUUUGCCAAACUCUUUCUGUGGCUGUUGGAGAAUCGUCACAAGCUCCCAACGGGUUUAGAGAAUAUGCAGUGCUCUCUUCCAGUGGAUGGGCAGCAGGUGUCACUGAGUGUGCUUUCUGAGGACAGUUUCCGGGAAUGCCGGGGAAUGCUGACUCUCACUGAUUAUCUUAUAGUCAUUUUUUCUGGAAUUUGUAUCUCAGUGGCAGCCAUUAUUGCCAGUUUCUUUCUGGCUUCCACGAUCCAUUGUUUCCAAUGGCUCAAAGCCAAAAGGACAGACGAAGAAGAGGGAGAGGACUGAGGGAACUCCAAACCCACAUCCACAGACUGUUCGUAAUGCACCACACAGUAGAAGCCAAGGGAUUGGAGUAUGAAUUAAACCACUUUAUUUCCAUGUCAAAAGAACCCUGAAUUAGUCCUUUUUUUGACUACUGAAUUGAGGCUGCUUGAGUCAUCUUGCAUCUCAUGAUUCAAAACCUUUAUCCAUGAUGCUUGAAUGAUAUAUCAUAUUUUAUACUUGAAUACCAAUUAUGGAAUUUAGCCUUAAAACUAAAACUGUUCCGGGAAAUGCAGUUUAUUAAACCAUUGUCUCAUGCCCCUGUAUUAUAUAUAUAUAUAUAUAUAUAUAUUAAUUUAACAUGAUCAGAAUUAUAUUUUGACAUAAAAACAAAAACUGUGUUAAAACAAUAAUAGUGUUUUUAUGGGCAUUAAGUUAUUUUUGCUAUUGUGUAAAUUAAUAUAUUGUUCAGUUGUAGGAAGGUUUAGCUACUUGCACUUUAAAGUAAAGAUGAUAUAUUGCACAUAGUCCCAGUGAGCCAUUCUGUAGACCAUUUUUCGCAAAUCAUAAUGGCACUUAUCACCAAAGAAUUAACAUGAAAUUAACAUAUUGUGACCACAUAAUUGUUUUUAUUAUGCAUAUCUUAAGAUAUUAAGUCAUUUUGGUUGUUGCAUAUAUGUCAUGCAUCCUAUAAAUACAGGGCAAUUGCUGUAGCUAAAGAUCGGUCACUAUUAUCAUACUGUAUAUCAAAUACUCAGUCAAGGUACCAAGCUAUUUUAAACCGAAUUAAAAGGGAACUAUUUGUCCUUCAUUUUUUGUCAACUCUGUCUCGUUAUUUUCUUUCCUUUUUUACGUACUGUAAUUACUAAAUAAACACUGACACCAAAGUAUGCUGUCUUAAUGAUUUUUUAUAGACACACACAUUGUACCUGACCCGAUGUG